AUGAGUAGAAUAUGGACGUAUUUUAGCAACAGCACCGUGCACGGGUUCAAUUAUAUUGCUGACGAAAGACGUCACUGGACAGAAAGGUAAAUUAAGGUGCAUAAAAUGUCACACAGUGUUUUCCUAAUGUUAACAUCUUUGUUGAGAUUUUUAAUUGGAUUUUAUGUUAGGGGACAUAAAAAUAUAGGUACCUAUUUAUAUACCUAGGGAAAAAUUAAAUUUGAAUUCGUCCCUUUAUCACUAGAAAAAAAUGAAUUUCUAUUAAUUAUCUUCAACAUUUUCAAAAUAACCACUUUGUAAUAGAUAUAAUUUAAAAAAAAAUUAAUCUAACAUACAUGUAUAGGAUGAAUAAUAGUUUCUUAGUAAUGACCGUUUUAAGAGAAUUUAUAUCUAUGAAACAAAUUAUAUUCAAUAGGUAUUACUUAUUUUGAAAAUUGAACUAAUAAAGUUUUUACUUUUAAUGUGGACAUUUAUUAAAACCACGUCUAUAAAACCACUAAAACUUAAUGAAUAAAAAUGUGCUCUGAAAUAACCAUGGUAUAGAAUAGAGAUAGUAUCACUCGUCUUGGAACCAUAUACAGAGUGAUCAAUCUAUUGUAAGACACUCGUAUUAUCUUGGAAAGUAUUAACUUUUUUCGGAAUCUGUUUUAUAGAACAUUUAAGUAAAACUGCUUGUUUCUUAAAUGUUCUAUAAAACAGAUUCCGAAAAAAAUUAAUACUUUCCGAGAUAAUGAGUAUUUUACGAUAGAUUGAUCACUCUGUAUAGAACAUAGAAUGUAGGCCACUGCUCUCUACUGCACUAGUUUUGAUAUCAACAAUAUUUGUAGAAAUAAUAAACAAUCUAAAUUUUUUCAUACAAUCUCACAAGGUGCGAAGUUUUCGACUGACAGUAAGUACUUUAUCUGAAACUGCCAUCAAAAUUUGAUAUUAAAAUAAUUGAAAACAAAAAUUCUACAUUACACUCAAUUUUUUUUUUUUUUACCACAAAGUACGACUUAUAAUGACCCUCCUGUAAAUGUUCAAGUGUUUCUGUUUGGUCAGACAAUUUUAUUCAUAGAGUAUACCUACAAAAUAAAAAUUACGUAAAAACUCUCAAAAUUUAAAUGUCUAUAAACAGCUCAAAAUCGGCACAAAUGUUAUGAAAAUGUUACCAUGUUUAUAACACUUCAAAUCUCUAAGAAUAUUUUCAACUGAAUCAAACAAAACACAAAAUUAAAAAUAAUACAUUUCGUAAAUUUUUCUGUUUUUCCCAAUAAUUAUAAAAACUAGUUUGAAUAUCAUAAAACGACUUUCGUUGUAAUUGGUUGUAUGUUAAAAAAAACAGAUUGCAUAUCAUUUUUCGAUUGGAGCAAUAUUACUGGUAGAAAAUAAAAAUUUCAAAAAUUAAAAACAAUGAAAUCAGUAACACCACAGCACACCGCCGUAAAUAUAUACCAAUUUACCUGAAAUUUUCUUCCGGGUUUUUCCCAGUUAUUUUAAAAACCCUUAGAAAAUCAAAAAAUGCCUUUCUCAGUAUAUUAAUUAAACAAAAUUUCAUUUCAGAAAAGGUGCUAAACUUUUUACAUCAGAGCAAGAUUUCUUUUCAAAAAGUUGUUUACCCCUUAGAAAAUCAAAAAAUCACUUCUUCAAUGAACUAACUAGAUAAAAUUGCCUUUUAGAAAAGGUGCUAGGUACACUUGUCAUUUUGGAGUAAGAUUUUUGGUAGACAAUUUGUAUAAAGACAGGAAAAAAACACUUCAAAGUUAAACCAAUACAUAAAUUUGAAUAUUAACAGAGAUAUUAGCAUCGGAAAAACAUGAUAAGACACUUUGUACAUAUUUUGAUUAUUUUCCAGAUUAUUCUGGAUUUUGACGUGUUUUAUAUCCGCAUAUGCUACUUGGCAAUAUCUUCAAGCCACCUGGUACGCUUAUAAUCAUAAUGCUGUCAGUUUUGUCACUGACACUACGUACUUGUCCUGGAACACGAGUUUCCUUUCGUUAUCGGUUUGCGAACAAGAAUCACCGGACAAGUUGUACGAAUCCGCUGCCAAGUGCGAAUAAUAUUACCUACCUACCCUAUACUCAGUGGCGUGCACAGCGGGAGAGGAGGUAAGGGGUUAUAUUCCCCCUCUGUUAGCUUAAAAUUACAAUAAAAUAUGAGUAUUUAAUAUCAAAAUACACAUAUAUCAGCCAAGUUAUGAGGAAAAUCUUGGUGUAUUAAUUAUAAAUUGGCUUUUUUUUUAGGAUUCGGCUUUUAAAUUAUCAAUUCCCUUAAUCGAGUUGGGUAAAAAAGACGAAUUUAUGAUUCUUAUUUGCUACAUCCCCUAUAAUUGAAAAUUCCUGGGCACGCCACUGCCUACAUCUACAAACAACAAUCGGGGUAGAUUUAAUAUUAAUUUUGACUUGAUUUAUAUUUGUAUACAUGUAAAGGAUAUACGGGGAUGACCGAAAUCCAAAUAUAGAUUUUUAUCUUCGAGAUAUCGCGUUUUAUGACGGUGCGUGCUAUUCGUGUAUUGCACAUUGCCAAAAAGAAACACUAAACUGUUCAACAAACUAUGAUACAAUAAUACGUGAAGUACAUUUUAAAAAAUAAAACAUACCUACUGGCAUUUAACAAAACACACGUGCCUACCUAUAUAAUUGUUAAUUUUGCGAUUGUCGUUAGGUACGAGCGCAAUGCAAAGAUUUGAUUGGUAAUUGCUCUUGGAAUAAAAAACCGUUUGAAUGUUGCGAUCAAUUUUUACCGGUAACAACUGAAAACGGUGUAUGUUUUAUUAUAAAUUCCUUACAUACAACUAAGUGAGUUGAGUUUACCAAAAUCUAUUAUAUAUUUAAAUUAUGGGUCGAAUUUAAUGUAAACUAAUGUUUAUUAAUAAUUACUCUAAAACAAAAAUAAUAUUUUUAACUAAGUACCGCAGUGUCCCACCGUGUUCGACGGAUUUUUCUAACGCUGUUAGUAUUAGAUAUAUUUAAAUCGGUUUGUUUUCGAGGGGGACAUUGAUUUAGAGAAAAAUUAAAUUUUUAUUUUCAUAAAGAAAAAAAAACUUUUUAUUUAAUCACUUUAGACAAUUUUCAAAAUAGCCAUUUAAUAAAAAAUAUUGUUCUAAAAAUUUUAAUGUAUCACACAUUCAUAUCUGAUGAAUAAUUUUUUAGUUAUAGCCAUUUUAAUUAGACGUGAAAACAAUUAUCUAAACAAUAUUCAAUAAAAUAAUAGAUUAUGCGAUAAAUAAUUACAGUAAGCACAGUAAUUCUUUACCUUCUAUUAAAUAUUAAUUGUUUUCACACCUAUUUUCUAGAAAUUAAAACUGCUAUAAUGAAGAAACUUUUAAUCGACUAUGUAUCUAAACAUUUUAAUGUAUCAUGAUACAUUAAAAUGUUUAGAAUAAUAUUUUUUAAAAAAUGGCUAUUUUGAAAAUUGUCUAAAGUGAAUAAAUAGUUUUUUUUUUUUUUAUGAUUAGUUUAGGGGAUGAAAAGAAAAAUUUAAUUUUUCUCCAAAUCGAUAUCACCUCGAAGACAAACUAAUUAAAAAAAAAAUCGAAAAAAAUUUAAUAUUAACAGCACUAGAAAAAUCUGUCGAACAUGGUGGUACACACUAUAUACUACCCUCUUAGUGUAACUAGCAGUAUCUCUAAAAAUUGAAUUGGGAAAAUUAAUUUUUAUCAUGAAAUUAUUAUUUUCACUCACUUCUUUUUACAUUAAUUAUUAGUCAUAGGCAUCCUUAAUUUUUAAAAAAUAGGUACUUAGUUUAAUAUUUUUGAUUUUUUCUAUUUUUAAGGAUAUACUGCAUUUUUCUCUGGUAUGAUUGUGUAUUACAAAAAUAAUAAACAUUACAAAUGCAGUAGGUACUCCAUAAAAAUGUUUUAUCAGUUAACUGAUACAUUUAAGUGGAUAUAUAUUUAUAAAUCUGUGAACAAUUAAAUAUAAAUGGUGUUACACAAUAUUUUAUUUGUUUUAUUAAUUGAAAAUUAAAUUUAAACUCAUUAGGUACCUGAUUUAAAGUAAGAGUACAAAAGUAAAAGUCAGUUUUUGAUUUUUUUUUUUUUUUCUUUUUUAAUAAUUAAGCAAAAUUGAAACAAAACUAACAAAGAAAGGGACAAUUUUAGGAAAAUAAUUUUUUUAUUAUUUAAAAUUACGUUUUUAGAUUCAGGAGCGUAGAAGCUUACAAGGUUUUACAAAGAUGUUCAGUUUUUUUUCUGUGGACAACUUUUCUACCAGAGGACUUGCUCCGAUAUUUACGCGUAGUAACUUUUCUGAAAGAAAAUCGGUGUAAAAAGGUACUUUAGGGAAGUUAUUUUUUGAUUUUCGCCGUAGUUUUCACAGCAAAGGUGAAAAAUUGGUAAAAACAUAGGAAAAACAGGAAAAAUCGUAGCAAAAGCGAGGAAAUAGGUACAACGUUAAACAAAUAUUAUUAAAGAAAAUAUGUAGACCCUAUAUAAUUAUUUUACUAUAAUAUGGCAUAUAUAUUGUUGACAAAGCAUCACUAUCAACUGAACCCCACUCAGAAUCGUUUUUUCGUAAACAAAGGUUUAUCGUUGCUAUAACAGUAGAGUGCAGCCGUCCCCAUUAUCCUAGGACGUCAUUUUAAACACAAUUCAGUUUAAAAUAUUCGUAGAGACUUAAAAUAAAUGUUGUCAGAAAACUCAUAUUUACUUUUUCUAGAUGUGGUAAAACUUUCAGAACAUUUGAGCAAUUUUUGAGACAUUUGUGCGAGUUUUUUAUGUCAUUUUUAUUUGGUAGAUACUCUGUGGAUAAAAUUGUUAGACUAAAAAAAAAUGCUUGGAAAUUAAACAGGAGGUUCAUUAUAAGUUGCAUUUAGUCAAUAAAAAAGCUGUCUUAGGAUAAUAGAGACUGGUGUACCUUCUUUUGUAGGUGGAAAGUUGAGAAGAUAGGAUACAGAAGGGAAUUUAAUGUAUAUCUGUAAGCAGCGAUAAACAAUUUCUAAUGAAAAAACGAUUCUGAACAGAGUUUAGUUAAUAGUGAUGCAUUAUCAACAAUAUAUUUGUCAUAGCAUGGUAAAAUAAUUAAAUAGGUAUAAUUCAUUUUCUUAAAUUAUAUUUGUUUAAUAUUGUACCGAUUUUCUCAUUUUUCCUACGUUUUUCUUCGGGUUUUCAUAUUUUCUGAGAAAAUUCUUGGGAAAAUCGAAAAAUGACUUCGUUAAGUACCACCACAAAAAAAUUUUCUUUCGGAAAAAGGUCUACAUUAUAUACAUCGGAGUAAGCUUUCUAGUAGAAAGUGUGUAAAACCACUAGGAACAUUCUUCGCAACACUUAGAAUCUAAAAAAAAAAGUAUAAUGUAGUAUUUUUUUUUAAUCGAAUUUUGUCGGAAAUUGUAAAUAUUACAGCCUUUCAAAACAUGUAUAACCAAACUUCGCUCCUCGUUUAUCAUAGGUUACAAGUAUAAAUUAAAGAACUUUGUCUUUAUGUACCUAUCUCACCUUCCAAACUACCCCACCUAUAACAUUAACUGCACUCAUCCCCAGUAUCUUUCAGUUUUUUAUUUUCUCUUUAUAAAUUAUUUAUCUACCAAAAAAUAAUAAGACCCUUGGGAAAACUACAACUGCGCCUAACUUUCUAAUGGAGUUACUGAGUUUUACCUAAAAAAAAACAGAUUAUUCCGGAAAUGAAAUAACUUCAAUUUUGAAUACUUAGCUUUUACUGUUUGUUAUACUAAGAUAGUAGGAUGGCAGUAUACCUAUCUAAUACCUAUUUAAAUUAUUUUAACAGGCGAGAUGGAGAAAAAUUAAAAAUGAUAUCAAAUCGACAAUUAGGACCAGGUCGUCUUACUUUUACAGCUUAUGAAUCUAUUAAAGUAUAUUUUUAUAUUCAAUAUUAUAGAUAAAUAUAUAUUAUUACUAAUAAUUAAAUUUUGUAUUUUACCUAUAUUAUACGUAUACACAUUUGUAUACCAUAUAGCUAUAUAUACACUCACCAGAAGAUAUACCAUAUGUAAAUCAUCCACAAGAAGAAAAAUUUUUAUUAAGUUGGGGUACAUCAUUUUUUAUGAGAUAUCAGGUAAAAGUAAAAACAGAUAUAGGUAGAUAUCUAUUACAUUAUGUAGGUAUUUAUACAAUUUCUUUUAAUGGAUUAAUUAGAUAAACCAGUAGUGCCAAAACUUUGGGUAUAGGUCAGGAGACCCCCGACCAAAUGUUUUGGUAGUUCGUGGGUGGUUGGUGCUAAUGGUGAUUAAUAUAAAUAGUAAUUAAAAAAUAUAACUAUAAAAAUAGUCCUAUGAGUUAUGUAAUAUAUUACACUAAAAAAGAUAUGCAUUGUACAAUAUUUCAUUAUUUUCCCGAGUAUUUUUAAAUAACUUUGGCGCCACUUUGGUAAACAAUGAUUUUGUAGUUUUACCGAAGGUGGACAUGAGAAAUGGUAAUUUUAUUUUAUUUAUUUGUUUCAUAAAAUAAUUAAAGAAAUUGAAGACUAUAUACUGGGGGAGGGAGAGCUCACAGUCAUUCCUUUCACAAAUGUUGGUAUACAAUACUAUAAAUAUAAUUAUAAAAGCAUUUGAUGAUGCACCUAGAUAAAAUGUUUGGAUCUAAAGAAAUCUAAUAACAUUACUGAGCAGGUGAAAGAAAUUGAAAAUGACCCAUUACUGAAAGAAGUUGCUAUUACACAAAGAAACUGCCGUUUUCCGGAUGAAAACAAUUUACAUGUGUACGAUAUUUACAGUAAUUCUGCAUGUAUUGUGAACUGCAGAGCAGAAGCUAUACUGAAGAAGUGUAAUUGUACACCACAUUAUUUAAGGAUUUGUAUGUUAAUCUAGAUAAAUUUAAUGUAAAUUGCUUAAAUUGUUUUUGAAUUAUAUAGCUGGAACACCAAUUUGUGGGGUUGAAGGACUUAGUUGUGUAACUGAAUAUUCAGGUUUGUAAUAUACUAUACAAUACAGUGUAGGAGAUACUAUUUUUAAAAUUUUCUAUUUUAUAGCAUAUGAACUAAUAUUAUAUUUACAAUUUUUUUUCAGAAAUGUUUAGAUCUUUAAAAACUUAUGAUUUUAACAAAUUAGGAUUAGUUUGUAAUUGUGUACCUAGUUGUACGGAACCAGAAUAUAAUGUCUUGACAUUAAUCACCGACAAUGGGUAGUAAGUUAAUCUUUCUAAUAAAAUAUUAAUAAGUUUAUCAGCAUAGUUUAUUAAAAACAUAUUUCUAUAAUAUUAUAAUAUUGUUUAUUAUAAACUCAUAGUGGUAAUAUGUACCACAUUCCAUAGAUACUUUUCCGAAAUAUACUGUAUAUUGUAUAUAUGCACAUAAAAAUAAUAAUUAAUUAUUCUGUUACCUAGUUUUGAAAAUCAAGAUGAUCAAGAUGAUCAAGGUUCCAACUAUGAAUCAAUAGUAGAUAUUAGAUUAGAUCGACUACCAAAUGAGAGGCUCAAAAGAAAUGUAGUAAGAUCUCGUAUGGACUUAAUUGGUAAAUAUAAAAUUGAAUACAAUUUAAUAGUAUAGCAAUUUAAACAUUUAAUUACAAUAUUACAAUAUACAAUUUUUAUUAUUAUUAUUUUUUUAAUUUACCUAUAUAGUUUCAAUAGGAGGGACAUUAGGUCUAUUUCUGGGAAUGAGCUUGUUAAGCAUUGUUGAAAUAAUUUACUACUUUAUUGUUUGGACUCAUGGAAAACCACAGACCAUCAAUAUUAAAAGCGAAAAAUCAAUUCAAAAUAUUAACAAUUUACCUUUUUUACACUGA